GGACCACUGCUGAGGGCUUGAGUGUGAGAUGGGGUGUCGUUUGGACCACAGGGAUGUGCCACGGCUCAGAGAAAGGCGUCUGAAGCAGACUAUCACACUGCGAUCACGCCAGACACACAGAAAGGAGGGGUUUUUUAUUUUACUAUGAGGCGGACAAUGCGGCUUCGCGAUGCUCCUCUGUAAGCCUACAAUUACAAUCCUUUUCCACAAAAGCGCACGGACGGAAGAUGUAGAAAAAAAUAAUCCAUCGCGUUUUUCUCGCCUUCUCUAAUUUUACAUUGGAGUUGAAUGCAUUUUUAACUACACUGUGACAGAAAAAAGAUCAGAGAUGAAAUUUCCAAUAGAAAACCCGGCGAAACAAGUUAACUGGAGCCCAGACCAAGUGGCGGUCCAGACCAACUUGGUGCCUCCCAAAAAGGUCCAGCCUGGCACGACGAAGUCGACCCUGGUCCAGGCGAGUGUGGCCACCAUGCAAAACCCCAUGGGCUGCGAGCCAAAGACCAACGGCCACUGUCAGCUUCCACGGCUCUCCAUCUCGUCCCGCUCUGCCAGCGUGGUGGCCAGUUUGGACACCUCCAGCGACGGCUCACUUGCGGCGCUCCACUCGGUCAUGAAGUGGAAGACGGUGCUGGCCGUGUUCAUCGUGGUCGUUCUCUACCUGGUUGGUGGCGCGCUGGCUUUCAAGGCUCUGGAGCAGCCAUUUGAGAGGAAGCAGAAGAACAGCAUCACCCUGGAGAAGGCCUCUUUCUUGGAAAGACACUCAUGUGUCACCCCUGAGGAGUUGGAUGAAAUAAUCAAGUAUGCCAUGGAGGCGGUGAGCGCCGGUGUGAGGCCUCUGGGAGACACGUCGUACAACUCCAGUUACUGGGACCUCGGCAGUGCCUUCUUCUUCGCUGGAACUGUCAUCACAACCAUUGGAUAUGGAAACAUAGCUCCAAGCACAGAAGGCGGGAAAAUCUUUUGCAUCCUCUAUGCCAUAUUUGGCAUCCCUAUCUUUGGCCUUUUGUUGGCGGGGAUCGGAGACCAGCUGGGGACCAUCUUUGUGAAGAGCGUAUUUCGAGUUGAGAAAAUAUGCAGGCAGAAACACAAACAGAUCAGUCAGACAAAGAUAAGAGUGAUGGCAGUCAUCCUGUUCAUCCUGGCUGGCUGCAUCGUGUUUGUCACCAUCCCUGCUGUCAUCUUCAAGUACAUUGAGGGCUGGAGCACACUGGAGGCCAUCUACUUCGUAGUGAUCACGCUCACGACAGUGGGAAUCGGAGACUAUGUGGCAGGUGGAAAUCGAAUGAUUGACUAUAGGAACUGGUACAAGCCCCUGGUGUGGUUCUGGAUCCUUGUGGGCUUAGCGUACUUUGCAGCCGUCCUCAGCAUGAUAGGAGACUGGCUUCGAGUGCUUUCCAAAAAGACCAAAGAAGAGGUUGGGGAGAUUAAGGCUCACGCAGCUGAGUGGAAAGCAAAUGUACGAGCAGAGUUCCGUGAAACGCGCCGACGUCUGAGUGUGGAAAUCCACGACAAGCUCCAGCGGGCCGCCACGAUCCGCAGCAUGGAGCGCCGCCAGCUGGGCCUGGAGCAGAGAGCCCACUCCCUCGACAUGCUCUCUCCAGAAAAACGAGCCUUGUUCGCCAGUCUGGACGCGGGCCGUUUCAAGACGUCUUCCCAGGAGAGCAUUGACACCAAACUGAAUAACCUCAGGCUGAAGGGGGCGUGUGAGCCGUACGACCAGCAGGGCAGCGAGCAGACGCCGCAGACGGCGUCUUCCUCGGAGGAGAAUCUCUUCAACCUACGCUUUGGAUCUCUCACUAAACUGGCCAGGCGUAACAAGAACCGUGAGCUGCGCAGGAACAUUCCCGAGGAUGCACGACGUGCCAGUGUAGCUAUAAAUAACGGCAUCACCAUGCCGGAGGAGGAGAGGAGGGAGGAAGAGGAUGGGGAACCAGAGGAGAACGGGGAGAAGAAAGAGGAAAACAUCAGUUUGACAAACCUGCCGCAGUUUGUGAUGGAGCGCUCAAAGUUGAAUGGGUUCACGCCAACACAGGCCGGCGAUGCCGAGAAUGUUUAGUCAUUGAAUGCAUGAACACUAAAGCCACAGACAAAGUGUGAAGACAGACAGAAUGAUACUCAGACUGAGUCACAGGGAGAGUGCACAGUCCUUUGAGAUGUCAAUUUAUGUGCCUUUCUGUUUCCUAUGCUUAAACUUGGACCGCUAGCAGGAAAUUCAGUCAUCGUGCCAUAACUAUGGGAAAGAAAAACAUGUUGCCAAAUACAAAGAAAACUGAACAGAGAACAGCCUGUUGGUAGAUACCUCACAUAUGCAUAUAUCUUUGUAAAAUGGGCUGCCUGUGAUGUAAACUGGAACCGUCUCACUCAGCGCUGUCGUCUCUAUGCCUUCAAGGCUCUGAUGAGACUCAAAGGCAAUGAUCAUUUGUUAGCUUUGAGUUGGGAUUUUUCAUAGUGAGGGCACAACUGUGAGGGAACUGAAUUCAUAUCAAUCAUCUUCAGAGACAUUAUUGAUCAUUUUGUCAUCUCAUACUGUGGUGGAUCUGUUUUAUUUGUAUUUAUUUGUUUUUUAACCCAUCAGCCUGCUACAAUAGGACAUCAGCAUUCAACGACUGGAGGAUGGAAGGUGGAGUUUCUGCUGGAUCAAUAGACAAUACUAGUAGCGACUAGAGAACAUGUACUAUUAUCAAUUAUCUUGCAUUGGAUGUGGCUUUAAAUAUGUAGCGUGUUGGUUAAAACUACUACAUACUAAAGAGCUUUUGAAGAAAACAAAAUAUACACAGUGCAUGGUUAUUAAAGAAAAGCCAUAGCAGUUAACUAAUGUGAAAACUUACAGCUUACAAUGUUUCUUUUUUGCGAUGACAUGAAAUGUUUGGCUUUCACUUCUACGUUUUGCACGUCCAUGGUUAAAGAAAUGUGCUUCAGUGAUGAAUAAUUGUGAAUCAGCACUAGCAUACAAACACUACAGAAGUACUACGAUUGUCAGCAGUGUUGUGCACAAAACAUUUGAACCUUUCUUCUUUUUUCAAAAAAAAAAAUCUUGUAUUUUCCAUUCGCAUUACAAACAUGUCCGUUUUAACCAAUGAAUGUGAUGCUGUUUGAUUUUGUAUUCACCGAGCAUGUUUGCAUCUAUGUUUACGCCUUUUUCUAUCAAUCAAGCACCUAAGUUGUAUGUAUUUUCCAUUAAACUGUGACAUACAGA